AUGAAUCUGAAUAUCCUUAUAUCACUGCUUAUACCCUUAUUAUCGGUAUGUUCUGCUGCCCAUACUAAUAAUUGGGCUGUUCUGGUUUCGACUUCAAGGUUUUGGUUCAACUAUAGACAUUUGGCUAAUGUUCUGAGUAUGUACAGAACUGUCAAGAGACUAGGUAUUCCAGAUUCGCAAAUUAUUUUGAUGUUAAGUGACGAUGUAGCCUGUAAUUCAAGAAAUCUAUUCCCUGGAUCUGUUUAUAACAACCAAGACAGAAUAAUAGAUCUUUAUGGUGAAUCUGUGGAGGUCGAUUACAGAGGUUACGAUGUUACAGUGGAAAAUUUUAUAAGAUUAUUAACUGACAGAUGGUCAGAAGAUCAACCAAAAUCAAAGAGAUUAUUAACUGAUGAAAAUUCCAAUAUCUUCAUCUAUAUGACUGGUCAUGGUGGUAAUGAUUUCUUAAAGUUUCAAGAUGCUGAAGAAAUUGCCUCUGAAGAUAUUGCUGAUGCUUUUGAGCAAAUGCAUGAGAAGAAAAGAUAUAAUGAAAUUUUCUUCAUGAUUGAUACUUGCCAAGCAAAUACAAUGUUUUCGAAGUUUUAUUCUCCAAACAUUUUAGCGGUAGGUUCUAGUGAAUUAGAUGAAAGUUCAUACUCUCAUCACUCAGAUGUGGACAUCGGUGUCGCUGUGAUUGAUAGGUUCACUUAUUAUAGUUUGGACUUCCUGGAAAAUAUUGAAAAAAAUUCUACUUUGACUCUACAAGAUUUAUUUGAUUCUUAUACUUUUGAAAAAGUUCAUUCAAACGUAGGUGUAAGAAAAGAUCUAUAUGGCAGAAAUCCUAAAGAAGUAUUGAUUACUGAUUUUUUUGCAAAUGUUCCAAAUAUUAUCCCUGAUACAAAUUCAGAAAUUAAAAAAUCAAAUUAUAAAAAUGCAAACUCAAAACAUUCUUCAAGCAAUAUAUUACAAAUGGUAAUGCAAAAAGCUACAUCUUUACCAGACGUGGCAAAUACCGAAUCAUUACAAAAGACAUUUUCUAUGGGUAAAAUAAUUAAUAAUGAAGUUAAUGAUGAUUCCAAAAAAUUGAGCAAAAUUGUUCCAACAGCAAGUAUCUCAAUCUUAAUAUUAGCUUUCAUAAUUAUAUUCCAAUUAUCAAAACCAAUGAAUAAUGAGAAUAUGGUAGAUUUAUUCUCAAAAUGA